UACUAAAAUCGUUAUCGGAAACUGACACACACAACUCUUGACAAAGCCAAGAAACACCCGAAGAAAUGCAGAGUGUGUACUGGAUGGAGUUCGCAGCACGACAAGGAGACGUAAACAGCCUCUACGAAAUCAUUGAAAAUGAUCCAUGUGUUUUAGAAGCAAUAGAUUCAAUACCAUUUGUUGAAUCUCCCUUGCAUGUUGCUGCACGUGCAGGGCAGGUUCAGUUUGCCGCGGAGAUCAUGACACUAAAACCUUCAUUUGCUUGGAAGUUCAAUCCCCAAGGACUGAGACCGAUCCACCUUGCUCUCGAAAAUGGCGACACCACAAUGGUCCUUCACCUUAUAAAGAUGGACAAAGAACUCGUUCGAGCCAAAAGGAGAGAGGGUCUCACUCUUUUGCAUUUGGCAAGUGAAUCCGGAGACAUAGACCUUUUAACUGAGCUUCUCAAAGCUUGCCCAGAUUCCGUAAAAGAUUUGACCGUUAGAAACGAGACCGCACUGCAUUUUGCUGUUAUGUACCGGAGGUUAGAUGCUCUUAGGUUCUUACUUAGAUGGCUCAAGACAAAUACGGUUAAGUUUCAAGACAUUCUGAAUCAGAAAGACGUGGAUGGCAACACCAUUUUACACAUUGCAGCAACAAACAAUGACACGGAGGCAGUGCAAUUGUUGAUGACAAACAUGACAGAUUUAGAUGCUGUAAAUUUGAAUGGCGAAAGGGCAUUUGAUAUAAUAAAAGACGAAGAAAUUAAGAGUAAUCUGGCGAGGGCUGAAGCAAGAGUUAGGAAAAAAAAAAAAUGGGUUCGUUAAUGUUAUCAAUGAAAGAGUGGCUAAUUCGAAAAACUGGUACCAGAGGGAAGAUGUCAGAUGAGAUACGCAGAGUGUACUUGAUAGUGGCUACUCUUGUUGCAACCGCCACCUAUAACGCAGCACUGCGUCCACCUGGUGGACUUCAUCAGAUUCAGGCAGCCGGGACUCUUGUAGAUCAUGUGGCAUCAAAUUCAUCAAAAGUUUC